AUGUCAAGAGAAUUGAUGAGAGUUAUUAGGGCAAUCGGUCGAAGGAAAAUAUUCGAAUGGUUUAUCAACGUUAGGACAUUGUUUAUAAAAGAGGUUGGGACUAGCGUCAAUAAGCAAAAAGCAUUUGAAUUAUAUCAAAAGGCGGUCAAAUUUAGGAAUCAAGUUAAUCUCGCCAUUAUAUAUAUAAGAAAGGAUAUGGAAUUGAUAAAGUUUGUCAUUAUAAACGAUGUUGAUAAAGAUAUAUAUAGAGCAAUUUAUUGGUAUAAAAACCACCGAACAGGGCAAUAUAGCCUUAUUCGUAUGUUUAGAAACGGAGGUGAUUGGUACAGAAAAUCCGAUGAAGAAUAUCACCAAACUCAAUACAAACUCGCUCAAAUGAAUGGGGAUGGUAUAAAAAGUCUGUCGAACAAUGCUCAAUAUAAUCUUGUUGAAAAUCAGGAUGCUAAAUAUAAACUUGCCGACGAAACUGAUGGGAUCAAGGACAUUCAAAUGGAUUGA